AUGGCGUUUUGGGUGGUCGGCGGGGAGGCAAGGCCACUUUCCCAAGGUGAGGGCCACGUCCUCAAUUCCGAUCUCUACGUUGUGGGUGGCAAAAGGAGGAUUGGUCACGCUCAUGAGCGCGACAUCUACGACGGCAACUCUGAGUACGCACACGACGACAUGCCCUUCCAGAAAAGGGCCCGUGUAUCACAUUUCACGUCCGACUCGGAUCCUGUUUGUCCACCGCGGGGAUCGAUUCCCGUUCAGAACCUGUCCUUUUUAGUAAUCCGAGAACAAACAUCGCCAACGCCCGAGCCGGCUGAAGCCGAUGUCACCUCAUCGCAAAUGGAGCGCACCGCCUCUGGCUUGUCCAUCUCGUCCGAUACAGACAUUUACAGCGCCGCCAGCGAGGACGAUCUAAGGCUGCUCGACGACGAUGUUGCGGCUAGACUUGUCGAAAAUCGGUUGCAGCUUGGCCGACGUCGUACCAAGGAUUCUCAGCAUGAACGAAUCCUGAGAUCACUCAUCCGACCACGAUCUCGGCAUGCCGAGUUCUCCAUCGAUAAUGAUGCGCUGGAAAGCAUUUUUUCCGCCGCAAACGAGAUCUUCUUUCACAACAGUCUAUCACAGCGCGUCACUUGGGAUUGGUCCCAUGCAUCUAGCGCCCAGUACAAGGACCACAUCAUCGGCACUACAGCCCUUCGACGCUCUAAAAUGGGAGGCUUCGAGACUCUUAUUGUCUUAUCGAACCCAAUCUUGAAGGACAAGCAGUACAACCGACGACUUCUCAUCUCUACCUUCUUACAUGAGCUCAUUCAUAGCUACCUUUUUAUCAAAUGCGGCGUUAAGGCUCGUCAAUGUGGCGGUCAUACCGCUGGCUUUCGACGGAUUGCGGAGCUCAUUGAUCUCUGGGCUGGGCCGGACAACUUGCACCUACGGAACAUGGAGGCGGAUCUGGACCACUUCCGUGAGGACGAAGACCAUGUUCCUGAAGGCGAUGUGCACCCUAUGGGCAGACCCUGCAGACACAACUUCCCCGCCUUUCAAGAGCACCUCAACCCCCGUCACCACACAUACCACGACAACCAGACUUGCGAGAGGUCUCGAUACAGAUCUCAGGAACGAUGGGAGUAUCACAUCAAUGACCACCGCGAGUACUUUCCAGUCAGCAGGGAGAGCAGUCCCACAUCUACGACCAUAACGACGACUGAGGAAGACUACGACGAAGUGGAGCCACUUGAAGAAGGUGAGAUCCGCGAGACACGUGGCCGGCUCUUCUUCCCUGGCAACUAUGUUUCCAGCAGGCAGUCAUCUGCCCACGAACGAAACUUUUAUGACUCAUACGACGGGCAAUGGGCCCGUAUUGAUGACCGAGGGGGGAUUGUCGUCUUGGGUUACGACAACGCUCCACAGCAGGCCAUCCCGUCAUACACGCACCCAAGCGCCGUCGGGACGGGAUGGCGAGAGGAAAGGAAGAUUGUCCACCCGCCAACUAUGCUACAACUCGACAUGGCGGAAUCGAAGCGGGCCAGGUUUCUACCACAACAGUGCCAACAUCACUCGCGGAAACCGCACAAGGAUGAUCACUUACCGCAACCACGGUCUUACAACAUCAACGACGUUGCAAUUACUCUAUCCGAAUCCAUGUUAGGGCCGAUUCCAUGGUCCGCCUCCGAGAAGUCACUAAAGAACACCGUCGCCCGCGUAUUAGUCGACAAGGGCACCGAAACAAGUCCCAAAGUCACUUCGGCAAGCACCGUCUUCUCCAUCAUGAAAGCAAUCGACGAUCUCUGCUUCCUGGGCUUGCUCUUCCCGACACCCCAGAUCAACCACGUAUCGCACCCCGUCCUUCUAGAAGUCGGACAAACGCGGGGUAGGGUGGGUUGGACGCAGCCGCUGCGGGCUAGUAGGCCCGGGGGCCCCAGCAUCGUCAUCCGCCUGAGCACGGUCCGUCACCGCGAUGACGGCACCACCACCACCACCACUACCACCGGUACCGGCAAGCCGCUACCACUCAGGGAGAUUGUGCAGGUUGCUGUUCACGAAAUGGUGCACGCAUACCUCUUGUUGCUGUCGUGUCGGAGAGAUAAGUGCGAUGUGGAUUUCGAUAUUAUGCACCGUGACUCUGAUGGCGGGGGCCAUGGGCUUGCGUUUGUUGCAGUACUCAAGGCUGUGUUGGGGCAGAUUCAGAGUUGGGCGCCGGAGUUACGGGACUUUGGGUUAACUGAUGAGUCUAUUCAUCCGUAUGAGGACUUUGGGCUGGAAUUGUGGAAGAGGGGGGAUAGGAUCUCGUCGAGAAGCAAGGGGCAGCGUGUUUGGUGGCUCGCUGCGAAGCCUAUGUAA